GCGACUGUCAGAACAGUGUUUAUUAUGAAUUUAGUUCAUUAGAUUUGAUCUACAAAAACAAACUGUUUUGUGAUAUCCUAGGCCCUGUGAAUAGUUUACAUUUUUAGAAAUGAAUCGUACAAAUGUGUCCUGUGUGAAGUGGGUGGAUUUCAGCGAUCACAUGUACACAACCUAUUUGGAGGUGUUCGUGAAUGCCCUGUACGCAGAUGUUGCGCUAGUGCUGGCAGACGGAGGACUGCUCUCCGCUUCCCGGAUGGUACUUUCGAUGGCCUCCGAAUUCUUCGAAGCUAUUUUUCAAGCAGCAUGCAGCACCAACUCUAUGAGUCUCGUAGGAGCGCAGGAAUUUAAGCUUCUGAUUCCCGAUGUUAGUAGCGGGAUUAUGAAGCAUGUUCUGCAUUUUAUCUACACCGGGGAAGUACAUCUAAACGCGCGGGAUAUGUCGGACUUCUUCGAUGCCUGCCAGCUGUUUCGUCUGAAAGGACUGGACUAUCAGAAUGGAAAUAUCAAUGGCAUUAAAAUCAGUGGUUCCAAUAUAAUACCAGAAUACGAAUAUGAAGAACUGCAAGAGACAUACUUGGAAGAAACGCCCCCAAAACUCUUAGAGGAACCCAUUAGAGAUGCAGAAGAACCCACACAGUUUGUGGAAGCCCCAGAUGAAAAAAACAUCCACACAAUGGACAAACAUGUUAAUGUUGCUGGUGCAGAACGAUUUUCCCAGGAAUACGAGGUGGAAAUGGAAAUGGAAGAUUUGGAUGUGAGCAGUAACGGCGGUAAGCAGCAGGAAAUCCCAAGUCUUGAAACCCUAGUAGUCAAUAGCGAGGAGCUAUUUUCAUCUAACCAAUCAAAUCUAUCAGACACCGAGGCGAAUCUAAAUGAAAGCAGCGAAUCAACAUCGAAAAAACGAGUGAAAAAUUGUGAGUACGGCAAUCGUUUGGAAGAAGCGAUCAACACUAUCAUUCAAGGUGGAGCAAGUUUUCGAACAGCGUCGAUCCAGUACGGCAUCCCAAAAACUGUGCUAUGGAGGAAAGCUGUGAAGGCACCCAAUUACAAAGCCGAGAGAUGUGAAUUGCCCUCGCCACGCAGAGAAGCAAUUGAAGCUCUGAAAUCCGGCGAAAAAAUGCUUAACAUUAGCAAACGAUUCGACAUUCCUUUGUCAACACUGCAUCGGGACAAAAUAAAACUGUACAGCGAGGGAGCUCUUCCUGAGAAUGUUUCACUGAAACAACGGGACAAAGGAUCUGACUUCAAGGACCGCGUUCUAGAGGCUGCGCGACACUGUGUGGCGGGAAUAAUGUCCCAAUCGGAGGCAGCAAAAUACUUCAAAUUGCCUAAAACUACCAUCUGGAGAAAGAUAAAAGCAUUGCGAGCGGAAGGACGUAUUGCACUGGAUGCCAGCGGGUCUGGGGAUGACUUACAGACGGAGGACCUUGCGGGAACAUUAGAGGACAUUGAUGAGACAGCAAUGUGCGACGAAGAACAUCUUGAUCCAGAAUAUGUAGCGUUAGUGUGAUUUUUAUUUUAUUUUUUAAAGUUAAAUAAAAAAAGGUUCGAAUAAGAAUUUAAGAAAUUA